AUGGAAGCAGAAGAUCAACCUAUUCUACCUGAUUUCGAUCCACCAUCUCACCUGAAGAGCAUCAAUUUAGAUACUCAACAGAAAUCAAGUGAAUUUGAUCACUUUCUCAUUAACGAAGUCCCAACAGUAGAUGGAACUCUUGCGAUUGGAAUGAAGUUUCAUAACAAAGAUGAAUGCGUACAUGCAAUCAAGCGUUACCACUUAAAACAAUCAUUGAAUUUUGUGGUACAAAAGUCAGAUUUAGAAAGGUAUGUCAUUUAUUGUUCAGAUCCAAAUUGUUUGUUUAGAUGUAGAGCUUCAAAACGCAAAAAAAGUGAAUUGUGGGUUAUUGGUAAAUUGAAUGUGCCUCAUACAUGCACAAAUUCUGCAUUGUCACAAGAUCAUACGAAGCUCGAUUCUAACAUGAUAUGUCAAAGCAUAAUGCAAGUUGUGAAAGUGGAUCCUUCAAUCAAAGUGAAGGAAGAGUCUUACAAUCAACUCCCACAAUGGUUGUUGGUUAUGAAAACGUUUGCUCCAGGAACUAAAAUAGAAAUGGAAACCAUCUCAGCUUAUCAUGAGAAUAGUUUGAUAAAUGGGAUAAGGAUUUUUCAUAGACUAUUUUGGGCUUUCGUUCCGUGUAUAUCUGCGUUUAAAUUCUGCAAACCAAUGGUACAAGUUGAUGGGACUUGGCUGUACGGCAAGUACAAAGGAACUCUAUUGGUAGCAGUUGCACAAGAUGGGAACGACAACGUAAUUCCUAUUGCUUAUGCUAUUGUGGAAGUUUCAUUCUUAAUUUUUAUAAUUCCCAAACCAUGGAUAUUUCCACUUGCACAGAGGUUUAAUUCUGGUGGUCUAAAUUUUGCUAAAGUUCCUCAUAACGACGUAGAAGGAUAUCGAAAAACAAUUGAUCACAUGAUGGUUGAGGAAUUUUAUUGGAGACCUUAUCUCGGGUUCCAACAUGAAGUUUCAGAAGAAGAUAGGGCCACUUGGAGUGCAUGUACUUAUCUACUCUGUUAUCAUAUUGUUGAAAAACAUCAUACAGAUAGGGUCACACUCCAGUUUGGUUUACAUCAACAAAUACCACAACCACCAGAGGACAUGAAAUCGUAUCACGAGGUCGACAUGAGGCGUGGGAUUGAUGAUAAUUGGACUUGGGUUUGGAGGGAAGAAAUAAACCAUUGGAAUGAGCGCCAUAAUUACGUGUUGCAAGGUAACAUCGUACAAGGUGUUUUAUGUCAUAGCACAGAAUAUAUGAUUUGGUUUAGACAACACACCAAAUUGUUUAUAUCUGUAGAACAAUAUCUUCGUGAUCCCCGUUUACAACCGCCGUCAUAUCCUCGUGUGCAAUCGACCUCCCAAUCAACCCCACAACACCAAUACACAGCAGGACCGUCUUCAUCAUCACCUCAUAUACACGUCGCUACUGAAGUUCCAUUUUAUGAUCCACCACCAUCUCAGUAUUACGUUCCGUCGGUGCCAGAAAUACCAACACCCGGUUAUCCGACAGAAGAUGGGCUUCUCUAUAAUUUGUUUGGAACUCAGUGCACAACUCCUGAGUCGGCAUAUGCUGUAUUUGAUUCAAUGUAUAAUCAACAAUCGCAAAAUGUAAUGGAAGCAGGUGGCAGUGGUUCUAAUCCAUCUACAACUUACAUUGAAGAAAAUGAUCAAAAUGACGAUGAACCGGAAGAACCGCAACUUGUUCAGAGAGCUAGACGAGUUCGGCGACAUCGUACAUGUAUCUACUCAAAUUUGAUUGAUGAGGUCACUUCCCCAGGAAACGACUUCCUAUUGGAACAGAAAAGUAGGACAUUCAGAGAAUAUUGUUUCAAAGUAGGGCAUUUGAGGAAUUAA